UGUAUUUCGAACAUACUAUUUCAAAAGUAGUAUUAUUUUUUACAUUUGUAAACCUAUCAGUAUUUCCUACGAGUACAGGAACAGUUUCGGGAACUGUCUUCCUUAAUUUGAACAAUUCCAAAUCAAAAUGCGUGAUUAUAUUCGAAACUGUAUUCGUUCGCACCGCUGCCUCAGUGUUUUCACGGUGCUCCAACUGACGUUGAUGCUAUCGAUAUUGGAGGUACGGUUCCAGUUCCACCAGUCGCCGCAGACUCAGCGUCCCAUGACCCACGUUUACGUGGUCGGCCAGCUAAGUGAGCUAGCCCGCAGUCUUUUGUUUUCCGGCUUCGCAAUGGGUGCCAUGUUCUACGGCUACGGUCUGAUACACCUGCCCAUCAAGGGAGCCCUGGGGGGAGUCUUCUCUAGACUCCGGAUAACAGGGCUGGCCGUGUGGCAGCGUUGCAGUCCCCUGAUGCUCCUGCCCUGGAGCAUGAAGGUGGUCCAGGGACUCAGCCGUUUUCCCUUCCACAUGUGGGAGUGCCUGGCCAAGGAGCCCUGCCUCGCGGCCGACAACUUCCUGUGGUUCCUCGUCCUGACUGCAUUGCUCUGGAUCCACCUGGUGAUCCUGGCCAUCGCUAGCUUCGUGGUCGCUGUGAGACUUAACCUUCGCAUGCUGGGUGCUAGACACAUUAGAAGCGGGAAUCACGAACUGCGGGCCUACGCCCAGGAAAUCAACGAGCUACUCGGCUUCGAAAUGAUCGUUAUGACCGGAUAAUUUUCUAAAUUAUAGUAUCUUUAUGUAGAACAUUUUUACUUAAAUUACAUUUUACACCUAAAGAAAUCCUAAAUGCCUAACAUCAAGGAAAUAGUAAGGCCAAUCUUUUCGGCUUGGGUCUCAAAAUAGUAUUUUGUAACCAUUUUUAUUGCUGUUAAUUAAAGCAUUCCUUUGUAAAUGAGAAAUGA